AAUAAUAACACCUUAAAAUACAAAAGUUACCAAGGCAAGGCAGGUCUUUGUAGAAGAGUAACAAAAAAAUGAUGAAAUAAUGGGGCCAAGGCCUCUAGAGUACUGUUUUGAACUCUUAAGGAAUGGACUGUCCCCUGAUGGCUUUCUUUGCUGCCUCCCAUGGAAGUACAGGAACUAGGCAAGCCACAGUUGGCUCACUUCCCAAGUUCUGGGAAACUUUACAAGGAUCACAGGGGUUGGUACAAGUUGCUUGAUAAUCUGCAGCAUUCUCUCUGAGAUUUAGCUGCCAUUGUGUUCGCAAAUUUCUGCAUGUCAGUAUGCAGAUGGUCCCAUCUCUCCCACCAGCCUCUGAGUGUGCUGGAGAAGAGAAACGAGUUGGUACACGCACAGUAUUUGUUGGCAAUCAUCCAGUUUCAGAAACAGAAGCUUACAUUGCACAAAGAUUUUGUGAUAAUAGAAUAGUUUCAUCUAAGUAUACACUUUGGAAUUUUCUCCCAAAGAAUCUGUUUGAACAGUUUAGAAGAAUUGCAAAUUUUUAUUUUCUUAUAAUUUUCCUUGUACAGGUCACAGUAGACACACCAACUAGCCCAGUUACCAGUGGACUUCCACUUUUCUUUGUUAUAACUGUUACAGCCAUCAAGCAGGGAUAUGAGGAUUGGCUGAGACACAGAGCUGACAAUGAAGUCAACAAAAGCACUGUUUACAUUAUUGAAAAUGCAAAGCGAGUGAGAAAGGAAAGUGAAAAAAUCAAGGUUGGUGAUGUAGUCGAAGUACAGGCAGAUGAAACCUUUCCCUGUGAUCUUAUUCUUCUAUCAUCUUGCACCACUGAUGGAACCUGUUAUGUCACUACAGCCAGUCUUGAUGGGGAAUCCAAUUGCAAGACACAUUAUGCAGUACGUGAUACCGUUGCACUGUGUACAGCAGAAUCCAUUGAUACCCUCCGAGCAGCAAUUGAAUGUGAACAGCCUCAACCUGACCUCUACAAAUUUGUUGGGCGAAUCAAUAUCUAUAGUAAUAGUCUUGAGGCUGUUGCCAGGUCUUUGGGGCCUGAAAAUCUCUUGCUGAAAGGAGCUACACUAAAAAAUACCAAGAAGAUAUAUGGAGUUGCUGUUUACACUGGAAUGGAAACCAAAAUGGCUUUGAACUACCAAGGGAAAUCUCAGAAGCGUUCUGCUGUUGAAAAAUCUAUUAAUGCCUUCCUGAUUGUGUAUUUAUUCAUCUUACUGACCAAAGCUGCAGUAUGUACUACUCUAAAGUAUGUCUGGCAAAGUACCCCAUACAAUGAUGAACCUUGGUAUAACCAAAAGACUCAGAAAGAGCGAGAGACUUUGAAGGUUUUAAAAAUGUUCACCGACUUCCUAUCAUUUAUGGUUCUAUUCAACUUUAUCAUUCCUGUCUCCAUGUACGUCACAGUAGAAAUGCAGAAAUUCUUGGGCUCCUUCUUCAUCUCAUGGGAUAAGGACUUUUAUGAUGAAGAAAUUAAUGAAGGAGCCCUGGUUAACACAUCAGACCUUAAUGAAGAACUUGGUCAGCUCUGCCUAAUGGUGAAACUUUAUAGUGUGGAUUAUGUAUUUACAGAUAAGACUGGAACACUUACUGAAAACAGCAUGGAAUUCAUUGAAUGCUGCAUAGAUGGACACAAAUAUAAAGGUGUAACUCAAGAGGUUGAUGGAUUAUCUCAAACUGAUGGACCUUUAACAUAUUUUGACAAAGCAGAUAAGAAUCGAGAAGAGCUGUUUCUACGUGCCUUGUGUUUAUGUCAUACUGUAGAAAUCAAAACAAAUGAUGCUGUUGAUGGAGCUACAGAAUCAGCUGAAUUAACCUAUAUCUCCUCUUCACCAGAUGAAAUAGCUUUGGUGAAAGGAGCUAAAAAGUACGGGUUCACAUUUUUAGGAAAUCGAAAUGGACAUAUGAGAGUAGAGAACCAAAGAAAAGAAAUAGAAGAAUAUGAACUUCUUCACACUUUAAACUUUGAUGCUGUCCGCCGACGUAUGAGUGUAAUUGUGAAGACUCAAGAAGGAGACAUACUUCUCUUUUGUAAAGGAGCAGACUCGGCAGUUUUUCCCAGGGUGCAGAAUCAUGAAAUUGAGUUAACUAAAGUCCACGUGGAACGUAAUGCAAUGGAUGGGUAUCGGACACUCUGUGUAGCCUUCAAAGAAAUUGCUCCAGAUGAUUAUGAAAGAAUUAACAGACAGCUCAUAGAAGCAAAGAUGGCCUUACAAGACAGAGAAGAAAAAAUGGAAAAAGUUUUCGAUGAUAUUGAGACAAAUAUGAAUUUAAUUGGAGCCACUGCAGUUGAAGACAAGCUACAAGAUCAAGCUGCAGAGACCAUUGAAGCUCUGCAUGCAGCAGGCCUGAAAGUCUGGGUGCUCACUGGCGACAAGAUGGAGACAGCUAAAUCCACGUGCUAUGCCUGCCGCCUUUUCCAAACCAACACUGAGCUCUUAGAACUAACCACAAAAACCAUUGAAGAAAGUGAAAGGAAAGAAGAUCGAUUACAUGAAUUAUUGAUAGAAUAUCGUAAGAAACUGCUGCAUGAAUUUCCUAAAAGUACUAGAAGCCUUAAAAAAGCAUGGACAGAACAUCAGGAAUAUGGAUUAAUUAUAGAUGGCUCUACAUUGUCACUCAUACUAAAUUCCAGUCAAGACUCUAGUUCAAACAAUUACAAAAGCAUUUUCCUACAAAUAUGUAUGAAGUGUACUGCAGUGCUCUGCUGUCGGAUGGCACCAUUACAGAAAGCCCAGAUUGUCAGAAUGGUGAAGAAUUUAAAAGGCAGCCCAAUAACUCUGUCGAUAGGUGAUGGUGCCAAUGAUGUUAGUAUGAUCUUGGAAUCCCAUGUGGGAAUAGGUAUUAAAGGCAAAGAAGGUCGCCAAGCAGCUAGGAAUAGCGAUUAUUCUGUUCCAAAGUUUAAACACUUAAAGAAACUGCUUUUGGCUCAUGGACAUCUAUAUUAUGUGAGAAUAGCACACCUUGUACAGUACUUCUUCUAUAAGAACCUUUGUUUCAUUUUGCCACAGUUUUUGUACCAGUUCUUCUGUGGAUUCUCACAACAGCCACUGUAUGAUGCUGCUUACCUUACAAUGUAUAAUAUCUGCUUUACAUCCCUGCCCAUCCUGGCCUAUAGUCUACUGGAACAGCACAUCAAUGUUGACACUCUGACCUCAGAUCCCCGAUUGUAUAUGAAAAUUUCAGGCAAUGCCAUGCUACAGUUGAGCCCCUUCUUAUAUUGGACAUUUCUGGCUGCCUUUGAAGGGACAGUGUUCUUCUUUGGGACUUACUUUCUUUUUCAGACUGCAUCCCUAGAAGAAAAUGGAAAGGUAUACGGAAACUGGACUUUCGGAACCAUUGUUUUUACAGUCUUAGUAUUCACUGUAACUCUGAAGCUUGCCUUGGAUACCCGAUUCUGGACAUGGAUAAAUCACUUUGUGAUUUGGGGUUCUUUAGCCUUCUAUGUAUUUUUCUCAUUUUUCUGGGGAGGAAUUAUUUGGCCUUUUCUCAAGCAACAGAGAAUGUAUUUUGUAUUUGCUCAGAUGCUGUCUUCUGUAUCCACAUGGUUGGCUAUAAUUCUUCUAAUAUUUAUUAGCCUUUUCCCUGAGAUUCUUCUGAUAGUAUUAAAGAAUGUAAGACGAAGAAGUGCCCGGAAUCUGAAUCUUGAACUGCCUGUGUUAUUGUCCUACAAGCAUACUGACAGUGGUUACAGCUAAAACAGAAAGUAUGAAGAAACAACUACAAAAAGUUAUCAUCUCAGGAUACUCGAUAUGCAGCACACUAAACCACUCUCAUGUCUAGAGUUCACAAUAAAUGUUCAUUAAAAUACCAAAUGAUUCUCUUAAGCAUUUAUAAUUAUUGUAAGUAGCCUUUAUGGCCAAAGCUGUAAGUUAAGAAUUAUAUGAAAGUUGAAAGCAAGGAUACUUAGAAUUCUGGCUUUAGACAGAAUAAUAUAACUAUCAAAUGGGUGCUCUUUUAACCCAUGAACUUUGUGAAUGGAUUUAAAUACAAUAGUAUAAAGUAGAAGUUAUGCAAUGAGAAUGAAUAGAUUUUGCUAGUACUACUUUUUUUGCCUGGCAGAAGAAAUAGACUAUUUGGAUCACAUUUCUUGUUCCUCCUGAAUGAUCAUCUUAAACUUUUUUUUUCAAAAGUGCAUAAGGAAUACUUGAAAAUACAGAAGGACUAAAUAGUAUCAAUGUAUCAGACAGAAUAGUUAAUCCCUUCUGUUUACCCACAUGCUACUUAUGUCUUGGUAGAAUAUUCUUGCCAAAAAAUACCUUGAACACUUAGGUGGAAAGUGUUAAUUUACGGGUAUUUUUGUGGAAAUAUAAAAAAGAUUGUUUUUUUUUUUUGUUCUUCUGAAUUAUACCCCACUUAUGGGUGUAAGGCUACUAGACUUGAAAAUAAAAUAUAAAACAUUUCCAAUCACUUAGUAGCCCCCCAAAGUAGGAAAUAAACAGAUUUUUCCAGUGUCGAUUUUACUGGGAUCUGCAGUAAGGUGGUUUAAACCAUAGUCAUAUAAAAAUAAAGGUCAUUCUGAACAUCGGCCUUUUAUAAUUUUAUGUGAAAAGGAAAAGGAAUCGCUUAAACUGUUGACGGUUUUUAUUUGAAAGAGAUUGCAUUUAUGCAUAUAUGCAGUGCUUUUUCUUAAAGUUGGCCAAUUUGGAAAGGGGGAAGGAUCCAUCCCAAAACAGUGAUUCAGCUUACAGAGCCAUGACUGUGAAAAAAUGAAUGUUGUCUCUUAGUUAACUUGGACAGGGCAGUGGUCUAACUCUAAACCAUGAGAUUGACCUUGGUAAAGUUUUUGACUAGCUGAACUAGAAGGAAGGUGUAGCCUUCUAAUUAGUUCACUUGAAACAUAAAUGUGAAAUGUCUUCAUUCAAUGUUAAACACACAGUUUUUUAGAUAUAAGUGACCAUAUUUAUUUGACUGCUGGUUUUUUUGGGAUCUUUCUGGCAUGCCUGUACUAUUAAUGUUUAUAUUGUACCUUGAUUUGGAAAAGUAUUGGAGUUAAGAUGUAUUAUAUUUAAUAUAGUCCAUGUGGCACAUUUGAUUCUUCCACAUAUAUUUUGUGUUAAUGUUUAGAUAUGAUUUCUUUCUAAAUUCUAGAAAAGACCAUAAUUUCAGUUAUCAGAAACCAUUCCAUCAUUAUGGACCCUUUUUCAUUAUUUCAUUUGUUCUCAUUUAUCAGUAUUAUUUUUGAGCAUUUUGUUACAUGUCAUUCACAACUUACCUAAGUGCGCUGUGUUCUGGUAGCCCGUAUUUGAGGUAAGCUGCUGAAAACAAAGUCUCUGUAUUCUUUGCCUAUUCCAAAGAGCUAAAAAGUCUACCCAGGAAAACUUUUGAUAUUUUGUGUUUGUGUUCUUGUUCUUAUGGUUGUUGUUACUAUAUUAUUAUUGUUGUUGUUUUACAUAAAAUCUAUGGGAACUGUGAAUACAGACGAGAGCCACAGUAGAGAGGCUUGUUUAAUGCAGUACCAUUAGAGGGUUCACAGAAUAAUCUAGUAGAAAAAUAACUGGUUACAUGUAAAAUUCAGCCCAGCCAGAGAGAAAGACUAAAAGUAAGGGGGAUUUAGAGUUAUAUCUCAGUUAUGCAUUACAUUGUAACACUGCAGCUCAAAUUCAGAAUGGCAAUGAUACAUGAUAUCAUGGCCUAGAUCCUUGAGAGGAACCUGGCUUUCCUUUUUAAAAGAUAUUUUUUUGAAGAGGAAAACAAUGGCCAGUGUGGGGUUAGCAGAUUGAAGAACUGAAACAAACCAUGCAGUAUUCCUAGCACUACAAUGUAAUCACCCUAUUUGUAACAGAGAAAGGAGAAAAAAUUUAAUAAUAGGAUCAUAUACCUAUAAUUUGAAUAAUUUUGAGCUAUCAAAAUGUCUUUGUAAUUUUCACAACUGUUGUUCAUUGUUUGACAAUGUUACUUACCAAACUGAAAACAUUCAUUCCAUAUCUACUACAUAUACACCAGCAACAGUAAAAAUGUAAGCCUAACUUUGCAAAAUUCAUAAUAAUUUAGUGAUGGAAUUUUUUAAUAACAUGCAGUACAUAAAUAUGCAGGUUUUAUGCGUGUUGACAAAAUCAUUUUUGAGCUUGCAAAAUGGGACUGCAAUGUUACAUUUUUCACUUAAGCAAUUUUUUACAUCUGUGUAGUUGCUUUCUAAAAUGAAUGUGAAUGCCAUCUUUUAUGACUGCAACUUGCCUUUUCCAUUACAGAAAUUUUUGUUUGAUGUAAUCAAUAAACUUUGGUAUGAUAUGA